AUGUCAUUAUACAUGUUAGGCCUGAUAGCUCUAGCGACUGCUUGGGUCACUUGGAAGGUGGUCUACAAUGUCUUCUUCUCGCCAUUACGCUCAAUACCAGGUCCCUUUUUGGCCAAGAUCACGCCUCAAUGGCUAACUAUCAUUGACAUGGCUGGAUAUCGGACUAUCACAAUCCACCGUCUGCACCAAAAAUAUGGCUCAUCAGUGCGCAUUGGACCUAAUGAGGUCUCAUACUCAAAUCCGGACAUCGUCAAGGAGCUUUAUAGCCAGCAGACGCAAUUCAUGAAGGCUCCUUCAUAUGAGACUUUCGUCGUUCCCCCAGUCGGCAUCUUCAGCAUGAGGGACAAAGCUGCCCACAGCCAGCGGCGUCGUCUGCUCAGCCACGCAUUCUCGCAGUCGAACUUGUAUGAUACUGAGCCCAUUAUCGGACAGAUUAUCUCCAAACUGGUGGCACAUCUUGAAGGAAGAUUGGGAAAGUCUACGGAUAUGCUGUUGUGGUUCCGCCUGACCGCAUUCGACAUUGUCGGCGAGUUGUUCCUCGGACAAUCUUCUGGUGGUUUGGAAAAACUUGAGCCCCCACGUCUACUCGAGGAUAUAGAUCGUUUCUUCAUCAUUGGGGGUAUCGCAGGCUCCUUCCCAUGGCUGGUGAGGCUCUUGCACCUCCUACCCAUUCCUGCUGUAUGGGAUUUUCUCGGCGCAAAAGAUAGGAUUGUGCAGUAUGGCCGAAGCUCUUUCAAUAACUAUAUCGACCGUUAUGGGCGAGAUUCGGGGCGCCGAGACUUGUUGACGAAAAUUGUAGCCAACAAAACGGCGGAGGAGGCUCCCAUGACCGAUGAUGAGACGUAUAUUGAGAUUUCAAACCUCGUCUUUGCGGGCAGUGACACCACCAGCACAACAUUGACAUACCUUUUUUGGGAACUUGCUCGUUUUCCAGAGUGGCAGAUGAAAUUGCACUCUGAGAUAUCUCAUAACAUAGGUUGGACUAGCGGUCUUCCGAACUUCAAGGAUAUCAGCGAACUUCCAAUACUGGAUGCAGUAAUCAAUGAGGCACUUCGUUUGCAUCCUGCAGCACCAGCCAGUCUUCCCAGAGAAACACCAGUAGGAGGGCGAAUGCUCAAUAAUGUCUUCAUCCCAGAGAAGACCAUUGUUUCGAUGCAAUGCUACACCACACAACGCGAUCCUAGGGUAUUUUCAAACGCCGGCACUUUCCUCCCGGAGCGUUGGCUUGGGCCAGAGGUCAUUUCUCCUGAAGCUAAGGCGCUUUACAUGCCAUUCUCAUCAGGCACUCGUGCAUGUCUGGGCAAGAACUUGGCCAUGAUGGAACUCAAAUUGAUCACUUCGACGCUUAUCAAACAAUUUGAUGUCAGUCUUGCUCCAGACACCACUGAAGGUAGUAUGUUUGUGCUUGAUCACUUCCUGGCUAUUCCAAAAUCUGGAAAAUGUAAUUUAAUCUUUACCAAGCAUAUUGAGCAGCAGUAG